CGGGUGGGAUACAGCACAAUCCUGGCACGACUGUCGGUCGUGCUUAUGAGACAGCCUUGUGAUAAUCAACCUGUGGACUCCAUUUGAUUUAUGCCCGACGGCGAUUGCGAGCCCAAAUGAGCUCUGGUAGUCUUGUAUUUCAAAAAUCGGAUCAUUGACCAGAAGAUUUUGGGUCAUUUUGAAUACUCUCCGCUAAUGUCGUCAACCGCCAUCAAAUCUGCGUUGUCCGAGUUGGCUCAAAACGAGGCAGAUUCCGAACAAUUAGGAUUCGAUUUUGAACUACAUUAUGAUCUCCACGGCAAGAGCUUGCAGGAUAUAUUCAGCGAGAUUCUUCAAGACAGUUCGUCUUCAAAACAUAUCCACAACUGGGACAAGAAACUCCUUCCAAGCCCAGUUCACGCCAUAGCUAAAGUUGGGGCAAAAUAUCUCCGGGAAAAGGCUUAUGGAAUUCUUGAGACUCAUUCAGCAGUCGAAGAAGUCUUGCCUGCAUCAUGGGCCAACUGCGGCCCCACGGCUGUGCGGUUUCCAGAUGAUAUAGGUGGCCGGUUGUUCUUUACUAAGAACGCGCUAAAGGCGAAUAAAGAUGACGCGGGUCCACUUGAACGUGUCAAAGACAAACCUGGGAGAGCUGUUCCUCUUCGAGCAUUAAACUUUGCCCAAGGGCGAGUCAUAUACAUCAAAGAUCAGCUCCCGUAUCCCGAAAGAGCCACACUUCUCAUGCUAUACACUUUCUGUAUCCGUCUGCAGUAUGAAGACUACCGCUAUAUCCAUGCCUUCAUCGAACGACAUCUGAGCCUGCGAUCUGAGCUAAAACUUCCAUAUCAUUGGCAAGAGACGUCACCACCACAACUAGACACGUCGCUCCUGCUAUGUUAUAAGAGAGUCACUCUCUCCUGUCAUAUAAGUUACCUCACCUUAAACUCGGGCUACGAAGACGAAGACAAAGCAGAAAAGCUUGACCGGGCUAGUUUAUUCCCACUCAAAGAGAACAUAGGACCCACAAAGUCCAUCACCCCACCUCUUUUCAAAGCAUCCGUCUCAGUACUGCUUACACUUGCAGUUCCCGAGGAGUCUACGACCCGGAAAGAAGAAGUCGAGCUUUUGAGCACUCCUCAGGCGCUAUGGACCAUUCUAGUGGUCAACAGUUCCUCGGCAUUUCUUGCCUCUGCCGAGCUUCGCCAGCAUUUGACACCCAUUGCUCAAUUUGUUCGCGGUGUAGCUUCAUCGUUAUACACACAACAGGUUAACGCGCGAAUGAUCCACAAUUUGUUGAGAAAUCAACUUAACACUUCAGAUGAUGGGACCAUCUUCGAUGAUGAAAAUUUCACCAAGUCCAUAUUAUACCACUGGGCUAUCAAGACGUGUGACGCAUUGAGCGAAUCGCUUGCUUCUAGCCUUAGGUUCAUCCAAGGAAUGCUAAACAGCAACGUGGAAAAGCUUUGUAGCGAAGCUCACGAUCAAGAGAAGAUUGGAAUAGAUCACUGGGUACAGCAACUAAAGAAAGAGAUUUUUGAGCUGGAAGAAUUGCACGCGCAGAUACUGGCUAUGAAAAGCCAAGUGCAGGAGAGCAGAAACGCACUACACGGCGUUACAGCGGUUUUGGAGAGCCGGCUGGCCUUACAGCAAGGGAAACGGAUGAAGACUUUAGCCUAUCUGGCAACCGUAUAUAUUCCAUUGACAGCGUCAACGGCGAUAUAUAGUAUGAGCGUUCUCCCCGAAUCUGCCACAUUUGUAUCAUUCUUCAUCGUUCUGGCAAUCUUCUUCGUAUUUACCACCGUUUUGGUCUUUAACCUCGAGACACUCGUAACGAAAAUGCGCCGUCCAAGUUCUUCAGUUGUAGCGAAAAUUCGACUGCCAGGCUCUGCACUAGUAACCAACAUCCGCUUACCGAGCUCUUUGGUGGAUGUGGUUUCAUUGUUCAGAAUAUACAUCAACGGUUAUAUUAAAAUGCUGGAUCCUCAUACCGACUACAAUAUUCCAUCCCUCGGCAAACGUAAUUUCCUAUGGUGGAUCCUACGAACCUCAACUAUUGUGGUUUUGCGCUCUUUCCUUCUUCCCGAGAUCCAUAUGCCAAUGGAUCAGUAUAACAUGUUUUUAUACAGGCAUAAUCCCUUCGCACGCGUCAUAUAUAUUCUUCCAUGGUGGGGUGUUCUUCUAAACAUAGUUCGGGGAAUUCUAAUCCCGGCUUGGAUCGUUUUGGCGGCGGGGAUUAUCUGUUAUCAAGUAUUGCUCGAUAUAAUUUCGGCGUUCAUCUCAGUAUUGCUCGGGUUGGGUCAAUUAUGGCGUACAAAAUAAACCCAACUACGAAUGCC